AAUGAGCGUGAAACAAGAUGGCGUCGUGUGAGGCAUAAUUCGGUGUAAAUGAGUUUGUCGACGGAGAAGUCUGCCUCGGUGGAGGCUUCGCUGUUGUCACACGGUUGUUGUGGUAAUAAAUAGUUUGUAGUGUUGGGUACGUGUGUUGUAGGCGUCGCUGAGCGCCGCGGCUCUUGUUUUUCUGCCUCCUGCGACCCUCCGGUAGCAUCCGGAGAGGCGAGCUGAUGACAGACAGGAUGGACACAGGAGAGUAUAUGGAGACCAUGGAUCCGACUUUAGCGGAAUUAGGGGACGAAUUUACCCUGGGAGACAUCGACGAGAUGCUGCAGUUUGUCAGUAACCAGGUAGGGGACUUCCCUGACUUGUUUGAGGACCAGAUUACCUCAGCAGGCUCGAUACAGAAUGGCGGUACCAGCAAUACACCACGUCUGGCCAUUCAAGCUCCCCAAGCUCCCCAAGCUCCCCAAGCUCCCCAAACUCCCCAGACAUCAAACUCUGUCCCCUACCAGAUCACCAACAUUGGCCUCACCAGCUCCCAGACAUUGUCUCCUCAGUCUUUACCCCUCACGCCUCCCCUCACUCCUGCCCAGGCCACCUCCCCCAUCACCAUCUCUUCAGGGCAGCAACACGUGACCCGCAGCCCUCCGCUCCUUCAGCCACGGCCUCAGUUGGUCCAACCAAUCCAGCCCCAACCCCAACAGACUGCCCAGACUACCAUCCAGAUGCACGCCCAGGGAAUCCCUAUGCAGACCCAGAGCUUCCCAGUCCACACCCUAGUUCAGACCCACAGCCACACUCCCCUGCCCAUCCAGACCCAGGCACAAACUGUGAUGAUUGCCUCCAAUGGUGGGCAUUCACGUUUCAUCCAGAGCCCUGUCAUCUGCCACCAGAGCCCUACUCCUGGUUUCCAAGUCAUCCAACCGCAGAUGCAGAGCAUCAUGACAUCACCACAGCUCCAACCAGUGACCAUUCAGCAUCAGCGUGUUCUGACUCCAACAUGUCAAACUAUCCAGACCCUUUCUACAGCACCAACCACAGUCCACACUGUGCAACAGCAGAUGCAGCAAGUACCUGUUCUGGUCCAGCAGCCUCAGAUUCUGAAGACGGAUUCACUGGUUCUCACAACACUCAAACCAGAUGGCACACAGGUGCUGUCCACCAUGCAGAACCCCACUGGAAUCACCACAUUGACCACACCCAUCCAGAACACGGCUCUGCAAGUCCCGACGCUGAUGAGCAGCAACAUCCUGACCACCGUUCCAGUUAUGAUGGGAGGACCAGACAAGCUGCCAAUCAAGCAACUGCAGCCAGGCUCAGUCCACUGCACAAGUGCAGCCAGAGCAAAUGUGGAGCAGUGCCAGAUGACAGCAGGAGUAAUAGGUCCAGGGGGAGUGGUGAAGGAGGGUGAGAGGAGGACAACCCACAAUAUCAUUGAGAAGAGGUAUCGCUCUUCAAUCAACGACAAAAUCGUGGAGCUCCGGGACUUAGUCAUGGGCAACGAUGCAAAGAUGCAUAAAUCAGGAGUGCUGAGGAAGGCCAUUGACUACAUCAAAUACUUACAACAGGUCAACCACAAAUUACGACAGGAAAACCUGACUCUUAAAAUGGGAAACCAGAAGAACAAGCCUGUGAUACUGUCUGAAGAGAUGGAGGUCAAACAGGAAAUAGUGAUGAUGUCACCUCCAGCCUCAGACUCUGGUUCUGGUUCCCCUCACCAGUUCUCACCCUACUCUGUUGACUCAGAGCCAGGCAGCCCCAUAGUGGAUCAUGAUUCGUGUAAGAGUGAACCAGAUUCUCCCUCCGCCGUUGGAGUGAUGGAUCGCUCUCGACUGCUUCUCUGUGCCCUGACCUUUUUCUGCCUGUCCCUAAACCCACUGCCCUCGCUUCUGGGAUCUGAAGCACCUGGGGCUCAUAGCCUAUCUGCAGGCCAUGGACCAACAAGAACACUUGUCUGGUUCCCAAGUCACACCGAAGACUUUGCAUCCUGGCUGCGUUGCCUGUUGCCUUGGGUGAUGGUGUGGGUGCUGAGUGGAGUGGGAGCUGUGUGGGGCUGUGUCAGAGUGCUCUACCUGUGGGAACCUGUCACACCCCUUCACUCCCCGAAGUCUGUGUCCUUCUGGAGGCAUCGCAAACAAGCCGACCUGCAUCUCAACAGGGGAGAUUACAAAGCAGCAAUGUCAAGUUUAGAGACCUGCUUGUCUGUAUUGACCAGAGCACUUCCCUCAACCAAUCUGGAUCUAGUUUGCUCACUGUCCUGGAAUGUGAUUCGCUACUGCUUGCAUCGGCCGACUCCUUUGGGGUGGCUGGUUCACCAGGUGAGAGGGAAGCAUGAAGGAGAGGAGGCUAGGACAAGCGCAAGGGACGCAGCACUGGUUUACCACCGUCUGAGCCAACUGCAGCUCACAGGGAAGCUUCCUCAGCGUAGGAGCCUGUGGGCUUUGUCUCUCUCCCUCAGUGCUGUCAACCUCAGCGAGAGCGCCCAAGGCAAGAUGGCGCCUGCACAGCUCGCUCAGAUCUAUGUCACGGCAGCGACGGCCCUGCGCACUGUGCUUGGCCACCAUCUCUCUUUUUUGCCUGGUUACCUGUUGAGCUGUGCAGAGUGUGUGGUCAGUCAGUCAGAAUCCAAGCCGAUCCCUGACUACCUGCGCUGGCUCUUUACUCCACUGGGCAGACAGUUUUUCUUGAGCUGUGAUUGGUCGGUGAAGUCCGAGUGCAGCGAUGAUGUCUACACUUCUCAGAGAGACCCAGCGGACCCCAUUGCACAGCUGCACCGCUGUUUCUGCAGGAAGCUAUUGGAAAGAGCUGUUCACACACUCAUCCAGCCACAGAGUGACUCUGAAGCAGGCAAACGAAAGAAUGACUCUGGGGAGUUUUCAAGUGCCAUGGAGUUCCUUCAGUUGUUGAACAGCUGUACAGAAGACUCUCCCUCCCAUUCUCCUCCUUUCUCGACUCCUCCCAAUCACACCACUACCCCAGUGGGAGACCCAGUGAGUCGUUGGUGGGCUUUGGUCCUAAAGGCUGUUGUUCAGUGGCUACAGGGUGAUGACGUCGCAGUGAGGUCACUGUUGGCAGAGGCAGAGCGAAUGCCGAGGGCUCUACACACUCUUGACCACUCUCUUCCUAAGGCUGUGCUGCUGUUUUGCAAAGCAGUUCAGAUGAGUCUGACGCCUCUGAAGGGGGAAGGGGCAAUCACCUGUCUGUCCCACUGCGACAGAGCCAGCAGCUACCUGCGCACCAGCAUCUCAGUACCAGUCACCCAGACAGGGAACUGGCUGAACAAGGGGGUGGAGCUCCUGGUCUGUGACCUCCUGCUGACUUUGAGGACCAGUUUAUGGCAACGUGGUGGCAGCAGUAAUGGAGAGCCUGGCCCGGCCCAUGGAUCUCAGUUGGCUGGUUUCCAGAGGGACCUGAGCGCGUUACGAAGGCUGACACAGUGCUAUAGACAGGCGCAACACAAGGUGUUCCUUCAUGAGACCACAGUGAGGCUGAUGGCUGGUGCCAGUCCCACAAGAACACAUCAGCUGCUGGAGCACAAUCUGCGACGAAGGACACACAACUCCUACGCAGCUGAAGGUGAGUGUGUCCUGGGUGAGAGGGAGAGAGCUCAUGCCAUCCUGCUGGCCUGUCGUCACCUGCCCAUGCCACUGUUAACCCCACCCGGGCACCGUGCGCGCCUCUUGGCCGAGGCUAAGCGCACUCUGGAGCGGGUGGGAGACCGCCGGACCCUGCAAGACUGUCAGCAGAUUUUGUUGCGCCUCAGUGGGGGCACAACCAUUGCUGCCUCCUGAACACAUACACACACACACACAUGCAGAGUGCAAGGCUCAAACAACUCAGAUUAGGGCUCCUUAAAAUGAACAAAUGAUCCCUUGUGACUUACUUGUGUCAUGCAUACAUAGAUUCAUCAAUAUUUAAUGAGCAUUCUGAGCAUAUGUCAUUAAUAAGGUCUCUUAAAAGCUUAUCUUGUACACAGACAACUGAUUUCUACAUUUACAUCUAACUUUCAGCUUUCUAUCCACACUGCAGCUUAUAGUUUGAAGGCACGUUUGAUCAAGGAUAGUUACACUGUUGCAGCACAAUCACGCCACCUUCUGGUUGUCAUAGUAUGCUGGCUAACUGCCUCAUUUUAAACUAUGUUUAAAAAAAAAAACAAGGGAAAUCAGGUUAAAUAAUCCCCAAAGGGAAAGGGAACCAUUAUGCCAUAGCUCUUUAAAUUAAUGCAUUGUAUUGAUUAGCUGGAGAAUGCUAAGCUAUACACUCAUUAUUGGCACACUAUAACUGUGUAAUGUCUCAAUAAACAUGCAAGCUUCAAUUAAGGGCUAUAAAGACAGCCCUUCGAGAGUAGACAGCCCAGAUCUGUUGAGCAUGACUGUGCUGCAGAAUGCUGUCAGAGAGGAGUGUGCUUGUAACAGCACAGUGCAGAGUAGUGUCUCCUUAUCUACCUCAUAUACUGUGUAAUGCCAACAUUGUACUGUGGAGCAAAAUAGGACGCUUGGGCACCAUGUCACUUAUCCUGGCUUUGAAUAGAGUGAACAUUUGAAGUGAAGCGUCAGUCCAGUGCAGUGUCAUCCUCAUAAAACUGCUGAAACUUGAGGAUGCAGCAGCAAGUACAGCACUAUAGGAAUUCGACUUGCUGUUGUUGCAAGAACGACAGACAUCUACUGCUGACAUGUUCCCUACUAUUGUUGAGCACAGGACCAAUGAUCACGCCACCCACCAAUCACGCGCAGAUGAGACAACGUAGCUACCAACACACACAUAGUUCACACAAAUUCAUAUCCACGACUGGUCAAAAGUUUUAGAACAUCUCAACUUUUCCUGCUGCACCCCCCCGACAUCAUUCAUUGUCUUUGUGUUUCUGAGACUAAAGCAUAAACAAAGUGAUGUUUUAAAAACAAGGAAUGGUUGGUGGAAUUUAACUGUUAAAAUCAUUUACUUGAGCAGCUAAACACACUCAAGGCAUCACAUAUUCUUCAAAACGUUUGUAUACCUUCACUUUGUGUCCAGUUUCAUCCCAGUCCAGCUCCACGGAGUUUAAGUCUUGAGACUCAUUAUCUUGCUUCAGGACUAACUGCUGACUGACCAGUCUGUCUUAUUCCCCUGUUACUCGCCCUUUUCUUGCCUGCAGUACAGUUUGUAGGUUUCUUUAAAACACUGCUUUCAUACAGAAGCUUUGUUUAUCAUCAACAGAACGUAGUACACCAAUGUCAGGGUUUCAUCUAUUUCCAUGACUGAAAAAUUAAAACUGAUCCCUGACAGUUUUCUUUUUUAUGAAAAUUAUUACUAUUAUUAUUAUUAUUAUUAUUACCUUUGUAUCUGAUUUGCGUAAAUUCCAACAAAAGCAGGAAAAAUUAUGGUUUUCUAAAACGUUAGACCAUUAUUAGUACACACAAUGGAUGAUUUGUAUUUACUCAGUGUGAUUGUAAAUAGGUUGUACAUAGGCAAAUAUACAAAGGUAGAUAUUUUUUUCCCUCCUGUACUGCUUGAGAGGAAAUGCGUCAAAGAAAGCGUUACAACACAAAUUUGCAGAGAUGAUGAAAAACAGCGACUGUUGUCAGUUUGAGUUGGAUUACAAACAAUUUUCCCAGCAGGUAAUUGACCUCACUGCUGUUGAUCAGUGAACUCAAGAUUUUGGGCAGUGAAACAGCUGGUGGGUUAGAAUUUAAGUGAAAAAGGUCUAAAUAUGUAAGUUGUGUCCACUGGUAAUGUAAAGCUCUCAAGCAUAAAUGGCCUUGAUGUUAUGUAAAAGGAAAAAAGUAUCAUCAUAUUUGGAUUGAUGAAGAGGUUUUAGCUGUGUAGCUUGUGAAAUCUUGCAUUUCUUUGCUUUUUAUUCUGUCUUUCCCAUUUAUUUACUGUUCUUUGAUUAUAUUAUUUAAUGUCAAUGCAACAUUAAUAUAAAUGCUUUUUUGUUUGGGAAGGGAGCUAUUUCAUCAUCUUUGUCAUUGUUUUAUGUCUGUAAAAGCGGCCCAGGGUCAGAAACUGCCAGAAGGAAAAUCUCUAGUACAAAGUCAUGUAUUUUAAUUUGGAGAACAGUUGAAAUUGGUGUGAUAUUUUUUAGCCCACUUUUUGAUACAUUCUGCAAUUUAUUAUUGUUUCAUUUUAUUGCAAGCAAAACAAAAACAACACUUUUGCUAUCAUUCUUCCAGGUCAACUCAAGCUGUUUAUAAAUAUUAUAAGUAAUCCUGGGAAUAGUUAACAUAAGUUUAGUUUUUCUGACUGGUGAAAGUGUGCAAAGAAGAGCAUUGCUUACUUAUGUUUCUGCUUCUUCCCAUGAUGUAUUUUAUUGU